UCUCAUCUCACCACUCCCACUCUUUCCUCCCUCCCUCAAUUCACCUCUCAUAACACAUAUCACCAUGUCUGCCCCCGCCCACAAGUUCAAGGUUGCCGAUAUCUCGCUGGCCGCUUUCGGUCGCCGAGAGAUCGAGCUCGCCGAGAAUGAGAUGCCUGGUCUCAUGGAGACCCGCAGGAAGUACGCUGAGGACCAGCCCCUCAAGGGUGCCCGCAUUGCUGGAUGUCUUCACAUGACCAUCCAGACCGCCGUUCUCAUCGAGACCCUCACAUCCCUCGGUGCCGAGCUCACCUGGUCCUCCUGCAACAUUUUCUCCACCCAGGACCACGCCGCUGCUGCCAUCGCCGCCGCCGGUGUCCCUGUCUUCGCCUGGAAGGGUGAGACCGAGGAGGAGUACGAGUGGUGCCUUGAGCAGCAGCUUACUGCUUUCAAGGACGGCAAGUCCCUGAACUUGAUCCUCGACGACGGUGGUGACCUCACUGCUCUCGUUCACAAGAAGUACCCUGAGAUGCUCAAGGACUGCUACGGUGUCUCUGAGGAGACCACCACUGGUGUCCACCACCUCUACCGUAUGCUCAAGGGCAAGGGUCUCCUUAUCCCCGCCAUCAACGUCAACGACUCUGUGACCAAGUCCAAGUUCGACAACCUUUACGGCUGCCGUGAGUCCCUUGUCGACGGUAUCAAGCGUGCUACCGAUGUCAUGAUUGCUGGCAAGGUCGCCGUUGUCGCCGGUUUCGGUGAUGUCGGUAAGGGUUGCGCUCAGGCUCUCCACUCCAUGGGUGCCCGCGUCAUCGUUACUGAGAUCGACCCCAUCAACGCUCUCCAGGCUGCCGUUUCUGGCUUCCAGGUCACCACCAUGGAGAAGGCUGCUUCCCAGGGCCAGAUCUUCGUCACCACCACUGGUUGCCGUGACAUUCUUACUGGCGAGCACUUCGAGCAGAUGCCAAACGAUGCCAUUGUCUGCAACAUCGGUCACUUCGACAUCGAAAUCGACGUUGCCUGGCUCAAGAAGAACGCUCAGUCGGUCACCAGCAUCAAGCCCCAGGUCGACCGCUUCCUCAUGAAGAACGGCCGCCACAUCAUCCUCCUCGCUGAGGGCCGUCUCGUCAACUUGGGAUGUGCCACUGGCCACUCUUCCUUCGUCAUGUCCUGCUCUUUCACCAACCAGGUCCUUGCCCAGAUCAUGCUGUACAAGGCUGCCGAUGAGGAGUUUGGCAACAAGUACAUCGAGUUCGGCAAGACCGGCAAGCUCGACGUCGGUGUCUACGUUCUCCCCAAGAUCCUUGACGAGCAGGUCGCCCUUCUCCACCUUGCCCACGUCAACGCUGAGCUCUCCAAGCUCACCGAGGUCCAGGCCGAGUACCUUGGUCUCCCCGUCGAGGGUCCUUUCAAGAGCGACAUCUACCGCUACUAGAUUUCUUUCUUCUUCGCUUUGUUUGAGUUUGAGCAGUUUCAACACGACGUCAUGAACUGGGAUGAUACCACUUGGAAAAGUUCUUUGUCUUCAACGGCAUAGCAUUUCAAGAGUCAGGGACUCUUUGGUCGUUCAAAAGGCGUUGUUUGCAUAUCAUCUUCUUGACCCUUCAACCACGGUCAAGCAUAGAGGUGAUACACUGUAAGAGUGCGAUAUGGGUUAAGACAGUGCGUCUCCACACGCAAUCAAUAUGUAGUAAUGGUCCAGCAGCUUGAGCCGUUGUCCUGAAUGAAGAGAUUUGGUCAGCCUUCAUCGGCUUGACGUCAAC